AUGUCGGGUGUCUCCCGCAGACUCCUCUGGGCCGCCACCUGCCUGGCCGCGCUCUGCGUGGAGGCGGCACAGACGGGCAAGCAGCACAUCUCCCAGCGAGCCCCCGCCCGUGACCAGCACGCCGUGCCGACGAUGCUCACGCCCACCGUGCUGCCAGACAUCUGUGGGAACCACAACAGCUGUGUUUCCUGUGUUAAUGCCACCAUUGAUAAUACUACCUGCUUUUGGAUAGACUGCAAAGAAGAAAAUAAGAUGUACUGUUCAAGUGAAAUAGUAAGUAAUUGUACCUGGAUGAACAAAACUGAGUCCUGUUCUGUCGUGCCUACCACCACUCCAGUGCCAACCAACUCUACAGCUAAACCCACAACUCGGCCUUCCUCUCCUACACCUACUCCCUCAGUUGUCACAUCAGCAGGUGCGACCAACACCACCCUGACCCCAACCUCACAACCUGAGCGGAAGUCUACCUUUGAUGCAGCCAGCUUCAUUGGAGGAAUUGUUCUUGUCUUGGGCGUGCAGGCUGUAAUUUUCUUUCUCUAUAAAUUCUGCAAAUCUAAAGAACGAAAUUACCACACUCUGUAAACAGACCCGUUAAAUGAAUGCAGACUGGCAGUUAAUAUGUAACUCACUGAAACCAAAAUACUCUUUCAUGAAGUCCCACAUGGAAGCCACUGUUCCAGGACCUUUACAUUUCCAAAGGAUGCAUACAGGAUAUUGUGGAGCAUCGUUCUUGAAGAAAAGUCAGUUAAACCAUUUUGCUUAACAGGAAUAUUUAAAAUCUUCUGCAUGAACCCAUGUGGCCGUCAUUUUCUGUUUGUAGAGUGGCUGCUGCUGUGCGAUUAUGUUUUCCUCUGACAUGCCAAAUGUGACUCCAUAAGCUAGGGAAGGCGGUGUCCUGUGCAGGCAGCCUGACUGGCAGUCAAACGUAGUCAUUAAAAAACCUAGUCUGUGUUAUUUUCAUCCUAACUCCAGGUGUGAUUUAGUGGCUAGAAUUCAGAAGAGUGCCAGAUGGGCACCAGUCAGGUAGACUGAGGGCUUGACUUCAAAAGGAGACUAAAUUGACUAGUACUAAACUACCUUUAGAGUGUUGUGCUUGAUAGUUGUAUUUGAUACACUAGAAAUACGAUGCCGCGCAGGGAAUCACAUUCCAGAUUUAGAGAAAGAAAAGGAUGCAGACCAUUAAUGUGUAACAGGUUUUGUUCAUACUCAUAAAACACUGUAUUAAGAAAAUAGAACAGUGCCUUAAGACAGACCGAGACGGCGGCAGGACAGAAAUGUAUUCACAUUGUGGGAGGUCAAGCUUGGUCUGAGAAUGUAACUGUUGGUGUGAGCAACAGUGAACCUGCUUUUAGAUAACAUGCUGUUAAUGUUUAAUUUAAACAUUGGUUUCUCCAGAGCGGAGAAAUAGAAGCUAAAGAAUAAUUCUAAGCUGAAAGGCUUCCUAUAUGAAACUAUCUAACAUUUUUCAUAGGGCUGUUGAAUAGACAUCAAAUUGAUUUGAUUAUCUUUCCCUCUGUACAAAGAGUAUCCAAAUAUUACUGUAUCUUAAGGAUUCCUACCAGGUUUUCCUGAAAAUUAGUUUUUACAUGAGGCAAGAAGGAGUUUUAGAAUCAUUCAUUUCCUAGUACUUAAAAUGAGACAAUCACUUUGUUUUCUAACAGAUGUGACCUGUGUAACGUAAAACCCUGGGGUUUGAGAGGAGAUUGCAGUGGAUUUCUAAUAAUGAUGCCCUGGCUGAAUAGGCUGUUCUCUCUUUACUCCUUUUCUUCCUCCUUGGUUUCAGUUCCCAUGUGCUGUAAUCAUGCAUACUUUUAUU